UGUGAGAACUGCCGUGCUGAUAAGUUCGCCGGCCGCUCCGAAGACGAGCCCGCCGGCCAGGCCAAUGUCAAGUUCAUCGGCCGCUCCGAAGACAGACCUCUCAAGCCUGCCGGCAGUUCCUCAGUCAAGCACGCCAGCCGCGGCUCCCACAAGCCCGCCGGCUGCUCCUGAGUCAAGCCUGCCAGCCCCGGAGAUCGCUCCAGUGUCGGCUCCAACCCCAGAGCUCGCUCCUGUUCCUGAGUGUGGCCCACGGAGGGCUCCUGUCCCCGAGUGUGGGCCACGGAGGGCUCCUGGUCCCCGAGUAUGGCCCACGGAGGGCUCCUGUUCCCCGAGUAUGGCCCACGGAGGGCUCCUGUUCCCCGAGUAUGGCCCACGGAGGGCGCCUGUUCCCGAGUAUGGCCCACGGAGGGCUUCAGUCCCCGGUUAUGGCCCACGGCGGGCCUCGGAGCCCGAAAUCUUCCCCAACAGAGAGUUUGCUUCAUACAUUCACUUCAACAGCAAUAAAUUAAAGAGAUAA